AUGGUUGUUUCCCUGCUUCGCUGGUACAAUGCCAGACUGGCUGCUCGCCCUCUGCUCACUCAGAGCGUGACCACAGCUGUGCUAUUUGCAACUGGUGACAUUACUGCCCAGCAGCUGGUUGAGAAGAAGGGCAUCAAGGGCCAUGACCUCACCCGUACGGGACGUAUGGCUUUGUAUGGUGGAUGCGUCUUUGGCCCCGUCGCCACCACCUGGUUUGGAUUCCUGGCUCGCAACAUCCGCUUCAGAAACCCCAGAGUCGAGACUCUUGCCCGCGUAGCCUGUGACCAGACCCUGUUCGCCCCCGUCAUGAUUGGCGUCUUCCUCAGCAGCAUGGCUACCAUGGAAGGCAACAGCGCCAAGGAGCGUCUGGAGAAGACUUGGUGGCCUGCCCUGAAGACCAACUGGCUCGUGUGGCCGUUUGUCCAAACCAUCAACUUUACCUUUUUGCCGCUCCAGCACAGAGUUUUGUUUGCCAACAUUGUCUCCAUUGGCUGGAACAGCUACCUCAGCUGGGUGAACAGCCAGUAA